UAUCGUCUUCAGUUAAUCCAAUACAUUUCUAAAACGCAAAGUAUACAAAAUUUUGAACAGUCAGCAAAACUUCAGUAGUUUUCAUUGGUAUUUUAUUUCUGAACUGCUACGUUGACGUUCUGCUGUGGAAUCAGCUAUCUGUACAAAUUAUGUUGGCAGAAAACCUGAAAUCGAGAUAUCGCCACAUUGAAGUUUUCGCACUAGUAAUUUGGUUUACAUUUCAAUGCUCAACAUAUGGACUUAUUACAUACGAUGAUUUGGUGGAUAAUGAUUUAAAUAAUCAUCAAACUGGAGAGGGGUCAUCCCGGUUUCCAUUGUUAAUGCCACAAGUUUCGCCUAAUAUGCCAGAGCUAUAUUUGUGUACACCAGUAAAAGUUGAUUACACAACUAACUAUUACAUAGUUGGUUAUGCACCAAAUGCAACAAUGAAUACAGCACAUCACAUGUUGGUAUAUGGAUGCGGUGAACCAGGGUCCGCAAAACCUGUUUGGAAUUGUGGAGAAAUGUCAAAAAAAUAUUCUACUGACUCGGCAAGUCCUUGCGGUGUUCAUUCGCAUUCUCAGAUCUUAUAUGCAUGGGCGAGGGAUGCACCAAAACUAGAUUUACCUGAUGGCGUGGGAUUUAAGGUUGGCAGAGAUACUCCUAUAAAAUACAUUGUCCUACAAGUGCACUACGCUCACAUUGACAAGUUCAAAGAUGGCAGCACUGAUGAUUCUGGAGUCUUCAUAGAUUACACCCUUCGACCGUUGAACAAGCUUGCCGGAGUUUUACUUCUCGGAACUGCAGGAGUUAUUCCACCGAAUUCACUGGAACAUAUGGAAACUGCCUGUGAAAUAAGUGAAAAUAAAACUAUUCAUCCAUUUGCAUAUCGUACUCACACCCAUAGCCUUGGGAAAGUUGUGUCAGGAUACAGAGUACGAAGUGAUGAUCAUGGUAUACAUCAGUGGACCCUUUUAGGCAAAAGGGAUCCAUUAACACCUCAGAUGUUUUAUCCGAUUGAAAAUAGCGAUCCUAUCAUGACCGGCGAUUAUCUUGCCGCAAGGUGCACAAUGCUUAGUCACCGGAACCGAGUUACACAAAUAGGAGCUACAAACGAAGAUGAAAUGUGCAACUUUUAUUUGAUGUACUAUGUUGAAAAUGACGAACCUCUAAAUAUGAAGUAUUGCUUUAGUCAGGGACCCCCCAACUACUAUUGGGGUAAUCCUGAUGUUGGGCUUCAUAACAUUCCAAAUAUUGAAGCCAGUACAUUGUGAAUAUAUUCCAAAAUGUAGUACUAAUUUUAUUCCAAAAAAUGUAAAUAUUUAGUAAUUGUUGAACGUCAUUGUAAAUAACAAAAUAAAGUGUAUG